AAGUCCCAUGAGGCCGGAGUAAAGGUUCAGAUUCACACUCAGUCAGAGCCUCCUCUCCCCCACCAGCUGGGCUUUGGGGUUGAACCCCAGGCUUCCAAACGUUAGUUUCCUCCCAAGAGCAGCGGGUAGCAUUCCGUAGCAUACCGUGGUGUACCAUAGCAUACCGUAGCGUACUGUAGCUUACCGUAGCGUACUGUAGCUUACCGUAGCAUACUGUAGCAUACCAUAUGUACCGUAGCAUACAUAGCGAACUACCCAAUCUCAUUACCCGUCAAGUCUUCAUGAUGGAAUGGACCAAUCACCUCCCUCCAUGUGGCUAUAGUGACCACAUUUCAACUUCUGUCCCUUCCUGGUUCAUCUCUGUCUUCUGUCUCUUCAUAACUACCAUCGCUAUAGAAUAUCAGCACAUAAUGCUAUCCUUUCCAGCUAACACAUUAAACACUCAUUAUCCAGUCUUUGUCUUCAUAAAAGCUGUUGUAUAUGGUGCAACUAAUAUUAUUAUGCAGUUAUGUUUAGUUUGUUUUGUUGUUUUUGGGCUUUGCAUUUGAAUGUUGUAUGCUGCUGGGAUAAUCUACAUCUGGUUAAUGUCUCCUAUUGGCCAAUCGUUGUGUUUAAUGAAGUUUUAUUAAUCAAUCAAUCAAUCAAUCAAUUUUAUUUUAUAUAGCCCUUCUUACAUCAGCUAAUAUCUCGAAGUGCUGUACAGAAACCCAGCCUAAAACCCCAAACAGCUAGUAAUGCAGGUGUAGAAGCACGGUGGCUAGGAAAAACUCCCUAGAAAGGCGAAAACCUAGGAAGAAACCUAGAGAGGAACCAGGCUAUGAGGGGUGGCCAGUCCUCUUCUGGCUGUGCCGGGUGGAGAUUAUAACAGAACCAUGCCAAGAUGUUCAAAAAUGUUCAUAAGUGACAAGCAUGGUCAAAUAAUAAUCAGGAAUAAAUCUCAGUUGGCUUUUCAUAGCCGAUCAUUAAGAGUUUGAAAACAGCAGGUCUGGGACAGGUAGGGGUUCCAUAACCGCAGGCAGAACAGUUUAAACUGGAAUAGCAGCAAGGCCAGGCGGACUGGGGACAGCAAGGAGUCACCACGGCCGGUAGUCCCGACGUAUGGUCCUAGGGCUCAGGUCUCUCAGUUGGCUUUUCAUAGCCGAUCAUUAAGAGUUGAAAACAGCAGGUCUGGGACAGGUAGGGGUUUCGUAGCCGCAGGCAGAACAGUUGAAACUGGAAUAGCAGCAAGGCCAGGCGGACUGGGGACAGCAAGGUGUCAUCAUGCCCGGUAGUCCUGACGUAUGGUCCUAGGGCUCAGGUUCUCAGAGAGAAAGAGAGAACGAGAGAAUUAGAGAGAGCAUACUUAAAUUCACACAGGACACUGGAUAAGACAGGAGAAGUACUCCAGGUAUAACCAACUAACCCCAGCCCCCCGACACAUAAACUACUGCAGCAUAAAUACUGGAGGCUGAGACAGGAGCGGUCCGGAGACACUGUGGCCCCAUCCGAAGAAACCCCCGGACAGGGCCAAACAGGAAGGAUAUAACCCCACCCACUCCGCCAAAGCACAGCCCCCGCACCACUAGAGGGAUAUCCCCAACCACCAACUUACAAUCCUGAGACAAGGCCGAGUAUAGCCCACAGAGGUCUCCACCACAGCACAAACCAAGGGGGGGGGCGCCAACCCAGACAGGAAGAUCACGUCAGUAACUCAACCCACUCAAGUGACGCACCCCUCCCAGGGACGGCAUGAAAGAGCACCAGCAAGCCAGUGACUCAGCCCCUGCAACAGGGUUAGAGGCAGAGAACCCCAGUGGAGAGGGGAACCGGCCUGGCAGAGACAGCAAGGGCUGUUCGUUGCUCCAGCCUUUCCGUUCACCUUCACACUCCUGGGCCAGACUACACUCAAUCAUAUGACCUACUGAAGAGAUAAGUCUUCAGUAAAGACUUAAAGGUUGAGACUGAGUCUGCGUCUCUCACAUGGGUAGGCAGACUGUUCCAUAAAAAUGGAGAUCUAUAGGAGAAAGCCCUGCCUCCCGCUGUUUGCUUAGAAAUUCUAGGGACAAUUAGGAGGCCUGCGUCUUGUGACCGUAGCGUACGUAUUGGUAUGUACGGCAGGACCAACUCGGAAAGAUAGGUAGGAGCAAGCCCAUGUAACGCUUUAUAGGUUAACAGUAAAACCUUGAAAUCAGCCCUUGCCUUAACAGGAAGCCAGUGUAGGGAAGCUAGCACUGGAGUAAUAUGAUCAAAUUUCUUGGUUCUAGUCAGGAUUCUAGCAGCCGUAUUUAGCACUAACUGAAGUUUAUUUAGUGCUUUAUCCGGGUAGCCGGAAAAUAGAGCAUUGCAGUAGUCUAACCUAGAAGUAACAAAUGCAUGGAUUAAUUUUUCUGCAUCAUUUUUGGACAGAAAAUAUCUGAUUUUUGCAAUGUUACGUAGAUGGAAAAAAGCUGUCCUUGAAACAGUCUUGAUAUGUUCGUCAAAAGAGAGAUCAGGGUCAAGAGUAACGCCUAGGUCCUUCACAGUUUUAUUUGAGACGACUUUACAACCAUCAAGAUGAAUUGUCAGAUUUAACAGAAGAUCUCUUUGUUUCUUGGGACCUAGAACAAGCAUCUCUGUUUUGUCCGAGUUUAAAAGUAAAAAGUUUUCAGCCAUCCACUUCCUUAUGUCUGGAACACAGGCUUCUAGCGAGGACCCUCUUACAGUAAGGUCCUAGGAGACAUUAACCAGAUGUAGAGUAUCCCAGCAGUAUGCAACAUUCAAAUGCAAAGCACAAAAACAAUAAAACAAAUAAACGUACUGUAACUGCACAAUAAUAUUGGUUGCACCAUAUUCAACAGCUUGUAUGAAGACAAAGACUGGUUAAUGAGUGUUUAAUGUCUAGAGGGCCUGUUAUUGCUCUGGGUUUUUAUUUCCUACAUGGACAAUGUUUAUGAGAGCCUGUACUCUGGCAAUAAAGUUCCAUAAAGACUUAAUCAAGUAUUCAAUUUCAAGUCACUUCAUGACUUACUGGCACUCUGUCUCUGUCACACUCAAUCUUCCAAUGCAUGUAGAUGCUAGAGAAGGUCAGGGGUAGAUUUGGGGAAUAUGAUUGAGAAGUUCUCUAAGAAAAUCUCUAAGCCACACCAAGGUCUUUUUCAGUUAUCUGUUAUGCCCAAUGGGCUAUGUGCUUCUCUGAAUGUUGGUACAUACACAAAUAAGUAUAAAACGUAAAAUAGUAAGUCAGUUAUUUGUUGUUGGCGUUAGUAUCCAGGUAAAUUAUACGUGAAUGUUUGUACGGAUUAUCAGUAUUUUUAGCAAUUGUUUUGCUGAAUGCACAAAUUGACUCCCACCCUCCGUUCUUCUCUGAUAAGCAAGUAGCAGGUGUCUGUUGACAUAGACUGUCAUAAACAAUGUCUACAAUUAGGUGACUAAAAGGCAUGUUGGUGGUAAAAUAUCAAUGCGACCAAUGAGAAGAAAAAAAAGAAAGAACUCAAAGAGACUUCAUUAAAUAAAGAGUAACGUGAAGUUCAGCACUAAUCCACUGGGGCUAGGAACUCAAUCAAGUAUUCAAUUAUAAUCUAUUAAUCUAGUCUGGAAAUCGUCCACUUUCGGCUAUGCAUAUUUAAACACAGUUUGAAGGCAAUGCUACUCCGAGUCCCUGAGAUACUGAUGAAGAUAAUGGUCUUCACUUUGACUAAAAUGAGGCCAGAAAAGUAUCUAUUCUUUGUAGGAUCUUAACAAUUAACUUUAAUUAGGUAGAUAGGACUGGUAAAGGGUAUAGUAGUGUGAUGAAAAUAGUUUAUCAGGGACAAAUACCCCCUCCAACAUAGUUUGAAUAACAUUGUGUUUUUGUUACCAUUCAGUACAUCACAAUUAGCUACAUUCCUUCCUAAAAUAUAGGACGUCAAGGUUUGCAUAAAGUCUGUUUUAAGACAUUGUAUUCAACUACAAACCUCAUAAACAUACUACAUACUGUAGGCCUAUACAGUAGCACGUUCCCUGGGAAGUUUUAAAAACAAUAAUUCUCCAUUAAUUGUGGUGUCCUGUCUGAAGCUAUACAUUUACAGAUUAUAUUUACCCUGUCUCCAUACCCUCCAUAGUACUCUGCUUUCCUUUCAGACUUAGACCUGACCUGCAUCAGUGAUUAUCUGCAUGGUGUCUGCUUGCUGCUUUCUUUGAGCUGUGUUUACCAGUUACACCGUAGUCUGAGUGGAAUAUUCUUAUAAACAGAAUCCAGAGAACAUGUCUUUAUUUCAUUAUGUUCCCUUGUAAAAUGUUCUAUACAUUUUUUUUUGCUUUUAGUCUGCUUGUGUGGAUUUCCUGCUGGGCUUGACUAGCUGUUGUUGACAGUGGUUCCUAUACUGUGUCAAUAUACUGAGGGGAAACCUGUGCUCUGUUCUGUCCCAGCUUCAGUACCUCCCUCCCCCUUGGGGAGACUGCAAGUCCACUCCCAUCGACUCAGAGUUCUUCUCCACGUACAGCAUCACAGCCUGCCGUAUCGACUGUGAGACACGCUACCUGGUGGAGAACUGUAACUGCAGGAUGGUCCACAUGCCCGGUACUCACACACAUCUUGCUUGACCAUCACAUAGUUCAUCAAUGGAAUAUGAUUAAUAAUGUUUUCUGUGUUGUUGUUGUUGUUGUUAUCCAUAGGAAUAUGUAGUGAUGUUAAUGGGAUGAAGUUGACAUAUUUGUUUUGUCCUUUCUCUCUCUCUCUCUCUCUCUGACGUGUUGAAUAGGGACCUCAACGGUAUGCACACCCGAGCAGUACAAAGACUGUGCAGACCCAGCUUUAGGUAAGGCAGAAACAAUAGUAAUGAUAUAAGGAUUAGGAGUAUGAACCAGUUAUCACUGAUCAGUAGAUACACCACACAACAUUUUACUUUGAGAUAUGAGUAAGAAAGCAUUUAUACAAUACAGCAUUUUGAAAUAAGGAACUGCUGAGCAGCAAAGGUUGUUUUUGCAGCUUCUUUUGAAUUGCACUACUUUUUGUCAUGGGGCCUAUAGUGAAUUGGGCCCAGGACUGCCAUUCUAUUGUCAUCCCCCACAGACUUCUUGGUAGAGAAAGACAAUGACUACUGUGUGUGUGAGACACCCUGCAGCAUGACACGCUAUGGCAAGGAGCUGUCCAUGGUGAAAAUACCCAGUAAAGCCUCUGCCAAAUAUCUGGCCAAGAAAUUCAACAAAACUGAACAAUACAUCGGGUAAGUUUCUGGAUAGUUAAAGUGAGUUAACAUACUGUAAAACUUCAAUUAAAUACAGUCUCAACUAGCUGCCUGUCCCUAUUAAUAGCCGGCAACGGCACACAUUUCAGCAAAUGAAUGCCUGUUUCAAAGAAACGCCGGGUUUAAAUGAAUUAUUUACAAUUUACCAUGAAAUGUUUGCUAGGUUUAAUGUUAGAUUUGUUACAUUAAAUAAUUCAGUAAUGACUCUGAAAAAAUAUGGCAAUCAUCUGUUUUUAUCGCUAUCAAGAAACUGCUAGCCAUUGGCUGCUAACAGCUGAGAACUUCUAGCUAACUGGCAAGCACGAAAACAGUUAACAACUUCGGGAGUACAGACCCCCAGAAAUCGUCCGAUCAUGCUCUAGUGGCGAAAGUAAGAAAUGCCGAAAAUGCACAGUCAAAGAGGAGAAUAAUUAUUCUGUCAAGGAAGUUUUCUUUUAUUUUAAAUAGAGGUAUACUUAGACAAAAUAAAUGUGACACAGUGUGUGAAUGAUAACACAUUAAUGCAGGAAAUUAAGAAAUUGAUUAAAAUGCUGGAAGUGGAUUAAACAAUGAACUAUGCAAAUGAGCAAAAGUUUACAUCAAGGAAAUAGAAGCCUGGCUCAAACAGAAGCCUCUAUCUAUUAAGCGCCUGUUGUGUUCAGUGAUUUAAGCAAAUAAUCACCCGGGCUAUUAAUUGAAGUUUUACGGUAAGUGACGUAACGAUCAUAGCAUUUUGAUGAAAAUAAAUCAUAUCAUUAAAGUAUGAUAUUGGUCUCCACCGUUCACCUUUAAUGUAAAGUAAUGCAAAAUGUCUCAGAAUUAGUCAAUUAAAUCAAUCAAUUGUAUCUCUAAGAUGUACAUUAUAAUGUAACACCUUUUCUAUUUAUUUGUUUUUGUCUCUAGAGAAAACUUACUAGUCCUGGACAUCUUCUUUGAGGCGUUGAAUUAUGAGAAGAUUGAACAGAAGAAGGCGUAUGAAAUUGCAGGGUUGCUUGGUGAGAGAUUGUUUCAAGUUUUCCCAUCAGGUUCAUUAUCUGUUUUUACAGACUGAGAGGAAACACACUAGACCUGAACAUCACAUCCACAGCAAGCAUUACAUGUUGUCCCAUUGUGUGAUCAUGCCUGCUGGGCUAAACUCCUUUUAAGACUAUUUUAUUUGAACCUGUAAGACUCGGUCGAAUGCAUUUUUAUAAUGUACUUGAAAAGAGCACUCAGUCAGGAGAAAAGCAAAGUCUGGAUGGACAGUUUCUGACAGCUCUCCUCAUCUCACUGAGAGACAGAGUUAAAGUUUCAGGAAUCAUUUUGUGCACUGUGUUAUUAUCUGUCUGACGGUGGUAUUGUCUGUCUGUUUUUACAUUAUUUAGCAGACGCUCUUAUCCAGAGCGACUUACAGGAGCAAUUAGGGUUAAGUGCCUUGCUCAAGGGCACAUCGACAGAUUUUUCACCUAGUUGGCUCGGGGAUUAGAACCAGCGACCUUUUGGUUACUGGCACAACGCUCUUAACCACUAAGCUACCUGCCGACUGUAGUAUUGUCUGUCUGACUGUGGUAUUGUCUGUCUGACUGUGGUAUUGUCUGUCUGACUGUGGUAUUGUCUGUCUGACUGUGGUAUUGUCUGUCUGACUGUGGUAUUGCCUGUUCAUGUCUUUUCAUCUGUCAUCCUCUUUUCAGGUGACAUUGGUGGCCAGAUGGGUCUGUUCAUUGGAGCCAGUGUUUUAACGAUACUGGAAAUAUUUGACUACUUAUAUGAGGUAAAGUGGAGGCAUUCACAUUUGUUUAAUCACUUAAAGGUAUUCUCAAGGAGUAGAGUUGGGGUUAUAUGUUGAAUGUACACAAUUCAUUCAUGAUGAUGAAGUAUCUGUGUUCAACUAUUUGCAUUGUCUGGUUUGUUGUGAUGUUAACGAGAUGCUCUUGUAUUUAGGUAUUUAAGGAUAAAGUUUUGGGUUACUUCAUGCGCAAGAAACGACCGCAGCGUUGUCCGAGCGACAAUCUGGUAAUUUGAGUCUCCCACAAUGCACUGGUUUGUAGUUCUGCACUGGACUACAAACAAAGUAAUGCACUGUAAUGUGUCAGAAUCUCAAGCCUUUUUCAUGACCAAUCAAUGACAGAUGUGGAACGCAAAUCAAAGUGAGCACUUUUUCUUUAGUUAUAUACAGUGCCUUCAGAAAGUAUUCAUACCCCUUGACUUAUUCCACAUUUUGUUGUGUUACAGUCUGAAUUCAAAAUUGAUUAAAUAUAUAUAUUUUCUCACCCAUCUACACACAAUACCCCAUAAUGACAAAGUGAAAACAUGUUUUUAGACAUUUUGGCACAUUUAUUGAAAAUGAAAUACAGAAAUAUCUAAUUUACAUAAGUAUUCACACCCCUGAGUCAAUACUUUGUAGAAUCACUUUGGCAGCGAUUAUAGCUGUGAGUCUUUCUGGGUACGUCUCUAAGAGCUUUCCACACCUGUAUUGUGCAACAUUUGCGCAUUAUUCUUUUGAUCAUUGCUAGACAACCAUUUUCAGGUCUUGCCAUAGAUUUUGAAAUAGAUUUAAGUCAAAGCUGUAACUCGGCCAUUCAGGAGCAUCCACUGUCUUCUUGGUAGGCAACUCCAGUGUAGAUUUGGCCUUGUGUUUUAGGUUAUUGUCCUGCUGUAGUAGAUUUAAGUCAAAACUGUAACUCGUGCCAUUCAGGAGCAUUUACUGUCUUCUUGGUAAGCAACUCCAGUGUAGAUUUGGCCUUGGGUUUUAAGUUAUUGUCCUGCUGAAAGGUGAAUUAAUCUCCCAGUGUCUGGUGGAAAGCAGACUGAACCAGGUUUUCCUCUAGGAUUUUGCCUGUGCUUAGCUUCAUUCCGUUUCUUCUUUAUCCUGAAAAACUCCUCAGUCCUUAACGAUUACAAGCAUACCCAUAACAUGAUGCAGCCAACACUAUGCUUGAAAAUAUGGUAGUCAGUGGUACUCAGUAAUGUGUUGUAUUGGAUUUGCCCCAAACAUAACACUUUGUAUUCAGGACAAAAAAGUGAAUUGCUUUGCCACAUUUUUUGCAGUAUUACUUUAGUGCCAUGUUGCAAACAGGAUGCAUGUUUUGGAAUAUUUUUUAUUCUGUACAGGCUUCCUUCUUUUACCUCUGUCAAUUAGGUUAGUAUUGAGGAGUAACUACAUUGUUGUUGAUCCAUCCUCAGUUUUCUCCUAUUACAGUCAUUGAACUCUGUAACUGUUUAAAGUCACCAUUGGCCUCAUGGUGAAAUCCCUGAGCGGUUUCCUUCCUCUCCGGCAACUGAGUUAGAAAGGACGCCUGUAUCUUUGUAGUGACUGGGUGUAUUGAUGCACCAUCCAAAGUGUAAUUAAUAACUUCACCAUGCUCAAAGGGAUAUCCAAUGUCUGCUCAUUUUACUUUGACCCAUCUACCAAUAGGUGCCCUUCUUUGCGAGGCAUUGGAAAACCUCCCUGGUCUUUGUGGUUGAAUCUGUGUUUGAAAUUCAUUGCUCAAUUGAGGGACCUUACACAUAAUUGUAUGUCCAUGCAACUUAUUAUGUGACUUGUUAAGCAACAUUUUUCUCCUGAACUUAUUCAAGCUUGCGAUAACAAAGGGGUUGAAUACUUAUUGACUCAAUUUGUAUUCAUUUGUAAAAAUGUCUAAAAACAUAAUUCCACUUUGACAUUAUGGGGUAUUGUGUAUAGAACAGUGACAAAAAAAUCUAAAUUUUAUCAAUUUUAAAUUCAGGCUGUAAAACAAAAAAAAAGUGGAACAACUCAAGGGGUGUGAAUACUGUCUGAAGGCACUGUAUAUGCCCAUAGUCUGGUUCCAAGGUAGUGAAAAAGCCCUGGGUUUCUGAUUCUGCAUGAGUUAUCUGCAUGCACAGUUGCUUCAGUCUUGGAGUUUGGCCCAUAAGCUGAUGUGGUGGAAAAGGUUAGAUAAAGAUGUCCUGGCUCCACUACUGAGAUAACUGCAGCUGCAUGUGCCAAGAAGGUAUUUCUCCUACUGAUAUUUUUGUAAAACCAAAACCUGAAAACCAAAUAAUAAAUAAAAAAAACUCUAAGACUGAAUGAACAGGAAGGCUUUAAAAUACACUUCUGUUGUUACUUGGCUUUCAGCUCUUUUUUCAUUAUGUGUAAAAUAGAUAGUCCAGUUGGGUACAGCCUAUAGCUUUGGACAUGUUGACACUUGGAUACAGUUUCACUUACAGUAUCCUAAAAAAGCAGUCAAAAAGGUAUAUUGUAAUUUAAACAGUUGAAAAGGUAUAUUGUAUCAGACCUCAGGAUAAGACCCAGGUGCAGACAGUUCGAAAUAACAAAAUAUUAUUUACAAACAGGGGGCAGGCAAACGACAAGUCAAGGGCAGGCAGAGGUCAGUAAUCCAGGGCAGAGUCCGUAAGGUACAGAACGGCAGGCAGGCUCAGGGUUAGGGCAGGCAGAGGUCAAUAAUCCAGGGUGGUGUGACAAGGUACAGAACGGCAGGCAGGGUCAGGGUCAGGGUAGGCAGAAUGGUCAAAACCGGGAGAACUAGAAAACAGGAACUAACAAGAACCAGGAGUACGGGGAAAACGCUGGUAGGCUUGACAAGACAAGACGAACUGGCAACAGACAAACAAAAAAUACAGGUAUAAAUACACUGGGGAUAAUGGGGAAAAUGGGCGACACCUGGAGGGGGGUGGAGACAAGAACAAGACAGGUGAAACAGAUCAGGAUGUGACAAUUGUUAUUUAAACAGUCAAAAAUAUAUAUUGUAAUUUAAACAGUCGAAAAGGCAAGAGAUGUUUGACAAUUAAAUUCAUAGAUAUGGUUCUGUAUUUUUGUUUGUUUGUUCAAAUGGAAACAACAAGUUCAUUCAGAGCAUUCUAUGUGACAAAGAGGAGAGAAAAGUAAACCAUUUCAACUGGAUGUACCCUGUGAGAGAUCCGCUCCAGGCAUCGAUUAGUGUCUUUGGUAUCACACUGUGUCAGCACUAUCUCUCUCAGCUUGAUAGUGGUAGAACCCAUCAUAUCUGAACAGCUAAAUCUGGACACAUGGAGAGAAACACUUCUCCCAAACCUGUUUUCAUGCCUGUUGCCUUAACUGUUUCAUAGUGAAUCAACAAUACUAUGCAUGCCAGUCUCUCUUGGCUAAGAGUUAAGGAAAAACACUGCAUCGCUUCUUGUUUUAAUAAGAAACAUGAAUGUGUAGGAAAUUCCAAAUUAUUUGCAUAGUCAACUUACUCACAGCACUGACACACACACUUACCCCACAUGCCACCAGGGGUCUUUUCACAGUCCCCAGGUCCAGAACAAAUUCAAGGAAACAUACAGCUUUAUACAGAGCCAUGAUUGCAUAAAACUCCCUUUCAUCUCAUAUAGCGCAAGUGAACAGCAAACCUGGUUUAAAAAAAACGAAUAAAGCAACACCUCACGGCACAAACCCUCUCCCCCAUGUGACCUACUUUUUGUGUGUAUGUACUGACAUGUAUGUGUAACUGAUAGAUGCGCACAUACACACUACAUGCAAUUUUUUUUUAAUGUAUGUAAAUUGUAAAGUAUUUUGACUGUAAUGUAUUUUUCGUUAUGUGUCGGAGCCCAGUAAGACUAGCUGUCGCCAAUGGCGUCGGCUAAUGGGGAUCCUAGUCAAAUCAAAACAGAGUAGAGUAGAAAAAACACCUUUGUGGCAUCUCACAACAGUUUUUCCUCAGGCUUCAGCAUUAUAGAUGCUUUUAAUCAGCAGGAAACAACAAUGUUAUAUUACAUACCCUGACUAGAGGCACAUACUGCAACAUGAAACAAGGACAUGGAGCUUUAGGUGGAUGUAAUACUGUUUUACUAUAACACUGUUUCUCCACCAAUGUCAUGGAAUCAUCCAUUAUUGGAGGCUCUCUUUGCAAUGAAACAUAAUGAUAAGCCAUCUUUAAUACCUUUUACUGUCAUGUUCCCCAAUCCUCUUCUCCUUUACCUCCAACUUCAUUCACCUCCUCUCCUCUCGAACCACCCAGUCAAUCAAUCUAGAUGAGAUCCAGACAAGUGCUGGAGGAAAACAGUAAAAUAAGUAAUGCACAUGAAUGUUAAACGUAGUGGUAUGACAGUUCUAUGACUACUAACUUUACAUAGUACAUUAGAUGUCAUGUAAGACAAAUGGCGCAAAUAGCAACCUUUUUCAUAUCAAGAUACAGUAUAUUAUUGAUUUCUAUUAAUUUCAAUGAAUGUCUACAAUUUUUGAAACAUUAGGAAAAACAUACAUGGGCAGAGACUAAGAAUGGUCUCUUGCUUUCUCAAAUGUCUCUGAUUUUGAGACUUUCAUUGAAAUCAAAUGGCUGAACGGAGGUAGCUCUCUGUGACGUUUAUGUAUUGGUGUGCAGUGUUCUUCUCUGUACCUAAUCAAUUACACAGGGCUGUAGUCUAGCCAUUGUGGACAGACAGACUUGCUUGGUGGGGCCACUUGUUUACUUACUUAUCAGCUCUGCAUUGUAUUUUAAUUUCAUUUCAGUCACCCUCAUCUUUCUUUUCAUCAUGUCUAUUCCAGGAGUUUCCAGAGAACCCAACCAGCCCUGGUGUCACGCCUAAUCAUGCCCCCAGGUAGCAAACCCCAUUGAUAAUAGAUCCUCCCUCCCAUACUGUCCUUCUUUUACAGACAUUCUGGGAAGCAUUUCAUACUUCAUUUCCAUUCUGGUCAAUGAGAUGUUGGUUCACCUAAAGCUGGUUUGGUGGGUGAUUUUGUAGAGAUGUUGCUUCACCUAAAGCUGGUUUGGUGGGAGAUUUUGUAGAGAUGUUUGUUUACCUAAAGCUGGUUUGGUGGGUGAUUUUGUAGAGAUGUUGCUUCACCUAAAGCUGGUUUGGUGGGUGAUUUUGUAGAGAUGUUGCUUCACCUAAAGCUGGUUUGGUGGGUGAUUUUGUAGAGAUGUUGGUUCACCUAAAGCUGGUUUGGUGGGUGAUUUUGUAGAGAUGUAAAACAUACUAGUAGUGAUCAUUUUAUACAUUUGUUUUUCCAACAUUGCGUUAGGUCAAUCUUCCUAAAUCCAAUAUAAUGUAUUUUCUGUAGAGACCAUUCUGAAAUUCUCAAUGCCGUAAAAUAGGUUUGCUGUGUGGAUAAUUCAUUCCGAGAUUAUUAUCGGUUUAUUAUAAAGACUGAGUUGGUUGGAUUCUCCAUCUGUUAAGACAAUUUGGGACUCGGCUAUAAGAAAAUUAGCUUAUUUCUUAUUGUUUUCACUGAAUAAUGAAGAUGCUUUCCUUCCCUUAGGAUAAAAUGCAGUUUCCUGAGAGAAAUAUAAAUGUGUGUAUAUAUAUAUACAUAAUUUGUUGUAGAUGGUACAACAAAAGCUGAUCCGCAGGGGAUCAUCUACAAAUUGCUUCCCUGCAGCACCAAGGUCAUUUAAGGGGACCAUUUUACUGGAACCUGUGUCCAAUAACAUCACUAGAUGCAUUCCUUUGUGAUGCUAUCACAGGUCUGCAUGCAAUGCAGUUUGCACCAAAUGAAAUGGUUCUUUGUCUGCUGGAAUAGCUAUCUACAUCUACAGUAUGGCUAAUGCUUCUUUUGAACCCAAAUAUCAGCAACAUAUUAACUGAAACAAUCACAGUUGCACUAAACGUAUGCAGACAUAAUGUGAAUGUCGAUGAACAUGUAGGAAUCAAGAUACUAAUAUCGAGACAAGGACUAAAAAACUGUUUUCUUUUCUCUUUCCCUUCUUCAUCCAUACCAUACCCCUCUUAUCUUUCUUCUCUCUACCCAUACCCUGAAACAUAACUGACCUACUGUAAAUGUCCCCUGCACUACCAAUUUAAUGUUCACCCAUUUGUAUUUCAUUAUUUUGUCAAUGUGUGCACUAUACUUUCAACACUCUUUCCUCCUGUCUGAUGUAUAAAUGAUGGUUAACGUCAUGCUAUCUACAUUGUUUUUGUGUUCUGUUUCCACUUGGUUCUGGUUAUAUUAAAUACUCAUUAAUUUAUUGUCCCACUUAUUUCCUAUUUAUGUCACAUCCCCUCCUAUUUUUACUGUGUGCCUCUCGAUCUACUCCUCCCUCCCUCAUCACCCCUCCCUUAAUACGGUUGAACUCCUCUUCCCUUCCUCCCUUCCCUUGUCUUACAGAGCACCUGUGACACCCUCCGGAGUCACUCGGACAGUCUCGGAUUCACGCCGAACAUGUUACCUCGUCACCCGACUCUAGGCAACUUUGAGGAGUUUGCUUGUUGACGACAUAAAGCAGGGUGGGGGGGUACGUGGGGUCUUUGGGGUUUGACAGCAAACUGUGAAAUAACUUAUGUAUUAUUACAAACAUGGCUAGUGUAGAGUAGUAGGAUCUAGCAAUUGCCUGAAUAGAAAUAGAACACUAUGAUAAGAAUAAAACCAUUUCCAAAGCAGAACUCAGGUGACGAACAUAUCAAGGCGUCGACGACACUAUUUAUUUGAUGUUCCAUUCAUGUUGCAUUCUAUUAAACAGGGUGACAUUAGUGUGUUUGAAUUGGUUUUAAUCAGCCUAGUAAUGUAUAAGACUAAUAAUGUAAAUGGAAAGGAAUUCAGAGUGGUCUCAGUUCAUGUCAACUUACGUAUACCAUAAUAUACUAAACAAAAAUAUAAACGC